CGCUUCUUCAUACGUCUAUCCAAUCAGAUCUUUGCUUAGUGGCAUUCAACCAGCAGGAGGGUCCAGGGAUCAUGACGGCGACACACCAGCGGAUGUCCGCUCUCUACCCGAAAUGGUAGACACUUUCCAUCGAUCAAGUAGCUCUGGCAACUUGGCGAGCAUGUCGGACUCCCCAAGACGAGAUUCAAGACCUCGCAGUGCGGUCGACCUCGCAUCCGCAUCUGGUCCUUCCAACCGUCGCUCCCAUAACGGAAAGCGCGGCCCCAUCCCCAACUACCGCGACUUUUCGCCAGACGAAAGCCCCUUCUCUCCCCGAACAUUCGCUUCCGCCCUCCCUGGUACUUCGCCAUCAGACUCAGACAUCUCUCCCGGCGUAGACGCGCUAUUCGCCCCGGAAUCUGAGGAUGAAGCCGUGCUUUAUCUUCCCAACGCUGGCACGAGAUGUACCACUGGAAGGGAUGAUCCUCGCCAUCCAUAUCCUUUUCCGGAGGUGGCGACGGAGGCAUUGGCGGACUUCGCUUCACGCAAUUCGCUGAUACCAGGUGUAGCUACCGAAGACCACCCGAGCGCGUCACCUUCUGCGGGCUCUCUGGCGGAGCUCCUUGCACAUGAACCGUCAAACUUCUCGCAGUCUGGCAUUGUUCAUCUUGCCCCCCUAGACGAGCAAUCAAGGUCUCGAUCCAGUUCAGGAGGUCCCAACUCUGGACGACGGAACAGCCCUAGAGUGCCGCACUCAGGUAAUGGUUCCGGGGGCUCGUCACCACAUCUAGGGCUGUCUAGGUACAGCGGCUCUGGCUCGCGUGGACAGUCUACCGAUCUCUCCACCUCCAACCCUUCCUCAUACUUGAAUUCAGGCUCUGCUAGUCUUGUGAGCGGCUCCACUGGCUCUUCCCGACCACACACGACAUUAAGGUAUCAACAUGUUGAAGAUGAGGAUGGACAUCAUCUCAUUGUGGGGCGGGAAGGCAAGUUGACGAGGUGCGAAGAUGAGCCAAUUCGGGCCCCCGGCGCCGUGCAGGGAUUCGGUAUACUUAUCGCUGUGGAAGAGGAUCUUGAAACGGGGAAUCUGGUAGUGCGACAGGUUUCCGAGAACUCAACUGAGUUGCUUGGACUCCCUCCGUCGUACCUUUUUGGUCUGGAAUGCUUCUCGCAAACGUUUCCGGAACAACAAGCGGACGUGCUUUUCGAUAAUAUCCAGUACCUCAGCGACACAGCGCUGACAGCCGAAGAGCAAGCAGAGAAUCUACAUGUCUUUAUGGUGAGUGGAUGGGGCGAACCGGGGUCUGCCCUGUCCGAGGAACCUGGCGGCGAUGUUCACAACAGACGAACCUGGACGUGCUGGUGCGCCGCACACAGACCACAACUCGCUGUACCCGGCGGCGUGGCGGCAGGAGAAGAUGGCGUCGACGCUGCUUAUCAGAACACCAUCAUCCUCGAGUUUGAGUUCGAGCGCGAUCCUUUCAACCCGUUGUACCCGCCUCCGCCGAAUGUGGAAGACGAUGUGGGCAGCUCUGGGGUAUCCUCUCCGUCAAACGCUUCUACCACAGAAUCGGGUAGCUCCGGACGCACACUCGUGUCCAGUCCAGACGAGAGCGUAACAUUGGAUACGCCCCCAGAACCCGCGGAAUCUUCCAUGGUGGUCGGCGAUAAUCCUCCCGCCUCAACAACGCCAUCGAUAUCGGAGCCUAUCUCAGGUCACAAUGUACCAGGCAAUGACGAAUGGUUGCCCAGCCCCGAAGAUAUCCUCGAGAGUACGACAAGUCGAUCGAAGCCACUCCCAGCGCUUGAGCGCCUUCGGCGCACCAAGCGUUCUUCUAUCGAGGACACGCCCUCCUCUGACCACGGCAAUGGCGCUCGGCCUCGGGCUAGCCACCGUCGAAGGCGAGGGACCGGCGCGGUCGGUAUGAUGGAUGUCUUCGCAGUCAUGGCGCAGAUUAACGAACAGCUGGGCGCGGCUCCCGACCUGGAUACGUUCUUGAAAGUCACGGCCGGCGUGGUGAAGGAUCUCACGCAGUUUCACCGAGUGCUGCUAUACCAGUUCGAUGAGGCGUGGAACGGUCAAGUUGUAGCGGAACUCGUUGACUGGAACCAGACACACGAUUUGUACCGUGGGCUUCAUUUCCCCGCAUCGGAUAUUCCUGCACAGGCGCGCGAGCUGUAUGCUUUGAACAAAGUCCGCCUGCUGUACGAUCGUGGGCAGCCUACAGCCCGCUUGGUCGUAAGGAGCAAAGCCGACCUCGCGAAGCCACUUGAUAUGACGCAUUGUUAUCUCCGAGCCAUGAGCCCAAUUCAUAUCAAGUAUUUGGAGAACAUGGGCGUCCGUGCCUCGAUGUCUGUGUCCAUCAUCGCAUUUGGGACGCUGUGGGGUUUAGUCGCCUGUCACUCCUACGGUCCACAGGGUAUGCGCGUCUCGUUCCCCGUGCGGCAGAUGUUGCGGCUCCUCAGCCAGUCCAUCUCGCGGAACAUCGAACGGCUGAGUUAUGCCCAGCGGCUCCAUACGCGCAAACUGAUCAACACAAUGCCGACGGACCAGCAUCCUGGAGGGUACAUCGUCUCGAAUGCGGAUGACCUGCUCGGGCUAUUCGAUGCCGACUACGGUGUCCUGGUCAUAGGCGAGGGCGCAAAGAUCCUGGGCCCAAACCAGCAUGGCCAGGAGAUUCUCAUUAUUGCAGAGUACCUGCGACUGAAGCAGUUUACUACGCUGCAAGUCUCCCAGGCAGUGACAGUCGACUACCCGGACCUCCAGCUCACUACUGGUCUAGAGGUCAUCGCCGGGCUAUUGUAUGUUCCUCUGUCGGCGGGCGGGCGGGAUUUCAUCGCGUUCCUACGCAAGGGCCAGCCGCGGGAGGUGCAUUGGGCAGGGCGGCCGCGGAACCCAGGCGAACGUAACGUUUUGGAGCCGAGGCGGUCAUUCAAGACGUGGGCAGAGAUAGUCGCUGGACGGUGCCGCGCGUGGACAGACGAGCAUCUCGAGACGGCAGGCGUGUUGGCUUUGGUGUACGGAAAGUUCAUCGAGGUGUGGCGGCAGAAGGAGACUGCGCUGCAAACAACCAAGCUGACGAAUAUCCUGCUGUCGAAUGCAAGUCAUGAAGUACGAACGCCGUUGAACCAUAUCAUCAACUACUUGGAGUUGGCUAUGAAUGGUCCCCUGGAUAUGGAGACACGAGAAAACCUGAGCCAUUCUCAUGCCGCUUCGAAGAGUCUGUUGUUCACGAUCAACGACCUCCUGGACUUGACGCGUCUCGAAAGCGGUCACGAGACCUCUUUCAACGAACCUUUCGAUCUCCAUCAAGCAAUCGACGACUCCAUCCAACUAUAUCGGAAUGAAGCUCGCAGACGCGGGCUCGCCUUCAUCCUGGACCUCGAGGCCUGUCCCAGAGAAGUUGUAGGGGACUCGCGGAAGAUCCGGACGGUAGUUGCCAAUCUCACGGCGAAUGCCCUGAAAUACACGGCCCAAGGGUCUAUUUCCGUGCGAUGCAAAGCGUUCGAGGAGCCUACAGGCCUGAGGGAUACCGGCGAUCUCGCAGUGGAGAUCGUUGUAGCGGACACGGGUUGCGGUAUUCCCAACGAUAAACUGGAGAGCAUCUUCCGGGAGUUCGAGCAGGUGGAGACUGCACCACGCGCGCACUCCCCCGGGCUUGGUCUCGGGCUGGCUGUCGUCGCUCGCAUCGUGGAGCAGCUUGGCGGUCAACUGCGAGUGGAUUCGAACUUGGGCCAAGGAAGUCGCUUCUCGUUCUUGUUGCCUCUCACCACCGACGUGCAUAGGAACAGCGUGUCGAGAUCUUCCGGGUCGUCCCGGUCGUCCCUGGUGCUGACGCAACACGGCGGCUCGCGAGGCUCGGAGUUGAACGACUUGGUCGACGCGCUAUCUGUUAGCCAUAUGGAUGAUUCGGUAGCUCUGCCCAGGCCAUCGAACGACCGUACCUCCACAGGACGGUCCUCCACCGGAUCCGCUGGCGGGCAUGUCGAGAUUCAAGAUUCCGGGAUACCUUUGCGCCCCGUGAAAGUCGAUGAGUUCUCCCUCGACCGUCCGGUACCUCAACCUAUGAGCUCUGUCAGCUCACAGGCCCGGAAGAGUAGGAGCUCGCCCGCGAAGCGCUCGCCGAUUGGCCGCUCUCAGUCAGAGUCGCUUCCCAAGCUUCGGAUCUUGAUUGUUGAGGACAACGAUAUCAACCGCAUGAUUCUCGCGAAGAGGCUAUCCUUGGAUGGACAUACCAUCGUCAACACGACGAACGGACAGGAGGGCCUGGAGAUGGUGCAGUCUGAUCGUCACUUUGACUGCAUUCUCAUGGAUAUCCAAAUGCCUCUGCUCAACGGUUACGAGGCAACCGAACAAAUCCGCAUCUUAGAGAAAGAUGUUGAACGUCUCGACCGUGCCUCCCACCAGCAAAACGGGCGUAUACCCAUCUUCGCCGUCUCUGCCUCCCUGUAUGAAAACCAGCGAGACGAGCUGUACAGGCUCGGCUUGGACGGCUGGAUCCUCAAACCGAUCGACUUCAAGCGGCUCCGUGCGAUCCUGAGGGGCGUCGUCGAGCCCGCCCAACGCGAGAAGGACGUCUACCGCCCGGGAAUCAACUGGGAGGUCGGCGGCUGGUUCUCGCGGCCCGCGGACAAGGCUCCAUGAACAAUGUCUUCAUCGCGGACACGGAAAUCACUGGCGGCCUACUGCACUUGCUUUCAUAUUCCCUCGUCGCCUUGCUAUCGAUCGGGCUACCGCAGCAUUCAUCAUAUCAGACCCGUCACGCCCGUACUCAUACCGUAGCAUUUCUAGGGCAGACAGAACACGCAUCCGCACACACGAACGUUCCGCGCCCGUGUUUGCAUACCAUAUCAUGUUUUCCUUAUAAGGCUGCUCUCUGUGGGUCGUUUCAUGUUGUAUCACUCAGGUCUCCCCCUUCCGUCAUUCGCGGUUCUCGCAUAUCCCUUGCAUCUCGUAUCUUGUAGCCAUACCUCCAGUACAUACACGCGCGCUGUGGUUCGGCUUGCGACUGUCUCUGCUGUAUUAUAGCAUUUACCAUUGGGGAAAUCUGUAGGCUCGUUAC